GGCCCGGCCCCCUGCUCGCCCUCAGCCGCGGCGGGCGGGCUCCGCCCCGGGCGGCACCGCGGGUACCUGCGCGGCGCGGGGCGGCCGCGGGGUAGAGCGCGCCGGCGGCAGCGGUGGCGGCGGAGAGACCUGCGUACGCUUCUCCUGUCCGCGGCGGGAGCGGCCGGGCCAUGGUGCGUCGCGCCCGGCUGGCGCUGGUGGCGGCGGCGCUGGUGGCGCUGGGGGCGCCGCCGCCGCCGUGCGCGGGCGCCCGGGCGCUGGAGUGGUACACGGCGUGGGUGAGCACGUCCUACGUGGAGCCGCUUAGCAACCGCACGGUGAGCGGCCACACGGAGAGCGGCCGCUACGGCGACAGCUCGCCCAAGGAGAGCGCUAAGGGCCAUGUGGGCAUUCCCCGCGGCGCCUCGCCCCGCCACAUGGAGGGCUGCGCCGCCGACACCGACUACGACGUGCCGCUGCCUCCCGGUGGCCGCGGGGCCCGCGAGGGCGACCCACCGACCUGGAUCGCCCUGGUGGCCCGCGGCGGCUGCACCUUCAAGGACAAGGUCACUAACGCGGCGCGGAAGCGGGCGGCCGCCGUGGUCAUCUACAACGAGGCCCGCUUCGGCAACAGCACCGUCUCCAUGUCCCACCUGGGAACAGGAAAUACAGUGGUGAUAAUGGUUGGCUAUCCCAAAGGAAUAGAGAUAUUGGAGCCAGUACGAAGAGGGAUUCCAGUAACAAUGAGCAUUGUUGUUGGCACACGACAUGUGCAAGAAUACAUCAGUGGUCAAUCAGUCGUGUUUGUAGCCAUCGCCUUCAUCACCAUGAUGAUUAUAUCCCUUGCCUGGCUCAUAUUUUACUACAUACAGCGCUUCCUGUAUACGGGAUCACAGUUUGGAAACCAGGGACAUAGGAAAGAAACCAAAAGAGCCAUCAGCCAGCUUCAGCUGCAUACAGUGAAACGUGGAGAAAAGGGUUUAGAUGUUGAUGUGGAAAACUGUGCUGUGUGCAUUGAGAACUACAAACUGAAGGACACUGUCCGAAUUCUGCCAUGCAAGCACAUCUUCCAUAGAACAUGCAUUGAUCCUUGGCUUUUGGACCACCGAACUUGUCCAAUGUGUAAACUAGAUGUUAUCAAAGCUCUGGGAUACUGGCACCAGAAAAGAGAGAUGAAGACACAUGCGGGGGACCCUGAAGAUGUACUUGAAAUUCCAAUACCCGAAUCCAUAAGUGGCAGCGUUUCAGUCGGAAGUCUGAGCAUUGCUUUGCAAGACGAUGACAGAAACGAAGUAAGCGAAUUGUCAGCUUCCUCCACUAAUGAAUCUGUGUUGCAGUGCACCAGCUUGAAAGAGGACGCAGGGGAAACCACAGCAUUGCUCGAUGUGGAUGCCAGUAAUAACCGGCAUGGAGAACAUCUAUCUAAUGGAAAUUCCCACUGAACUGCUUCAUGGAAGAUAUCUUGAAUAGACUGUUGAAGAACUAUUAUUUUUUAUUUAAUUAGUAUGGACUUUUGUCUAGUGAACAGAAAAAAUAACAAUGUAAAUUAUUUUACCUUUCAAACUUUUCUAGCUGGUGUUCCAAAAGGGCUAAUAACUAAGAAUUUUGUACACAGGAGGAUUUUAUAAAAUCUCCUCUGGAUGUCUCAUCCUAAAAAAAAAAAAUGCAAUAACCCUUUUCCUGUAAGCAUUGUUGCAAUGUCAUUGUGUUCCAGAGGGCUGUAACAAAGAUGAAGACUAGGCAGUGAAAAUAAGGUAGAAUGUGUAACGGUUAAAUAUUUUGGAUGCACUAUUUACAUUCAGUAUGUACACAUGGAGAACACUUACAAGCUGCAACUAUUAAAAUGUUCUGAAAGUUCUGA